AUGAUGCACCCCCUUAGAGUGCCUUCUUUGACAAACCCCAGUCAUCCUGGUAACUACACCAGCCCAGAGGCGUAUGCUAUGCACUGCUCAGAGGCAGCUCCCCCAACCAUAACCCUCAUGGGAACUGUGAUCUGUUCUGGUGGUCAGCUGAACAAAGGCCAAACGCUGUUGCAUUAUGACCUCCGCACCACUGUCUAUGACAGCUCUGUUAAGACCCAGGCGACCUUCAUAGUCCGGAUCUACUUCAAAAACGGGAAACAAUGGGCCAACUUCCCCUCCAUCACACCACAGAGCCAAGUCAUUGUCGCUAGCCACAUAUGCAGCCUGACAGUCGAAGAACCCCACCUGGCCGUCCAGGUGGACGAUAUCUACUUUGUCCCAGGUGGUCCACCAUCAAUGCCGGCCACCCCACGGACACCUCAAUCUGCAGCCGGUACCAAACGGCCAGUACGCGACAGAUGGGGCCGACAUGCCGGUGUUGGUAGCAGUGUUAGUGUAGAGCAAUCUACACCAUUAAAAAGGCCUCGCCGCUUGCAGGACGAUCAGGAUGAUAUAGACUGCCAGCUGCUGACUGCAACCAGUGCUACAUCCCCACCAAGUGAAUUAGCGCUACCAAGCGACGAUGAAAGAGAUAGGGACACUGAUAUGGGUACCAUCGCUCCCUAUGAAAGGACUUCACGGAUCAUGGUCUCCGAGCGGUCCAGCCCACUGCUCCAGGACCAACCUGCGGACCUGCGCCCCCGUCGCACACGAGAACGGCCGGCGCAUUAUACUGCAGAAUAG